AUGUGUCAGCUACCUGUGCAGUGUUGACAAGCCAGCCUCAGACCUCUACCCCUGUUCAUGAAAUCACAGCCAAAACGGUGAAACUGCCAGACCCACCAGAGUAUGUAGUGUACACUGACUCAGAGUUGGACAUGGUGCGCAGCCAGUAUUUUGAUUUGCUCCGCAAUGGAAAGGAAAAAGUUUGCAAGAUGUCAAAGGAGCUAAGUUGUAGGCUCAUCAGAAACACAAUCACCAGCAUGGUUGCCAUCCUGCGUGCUAGUCCUCUGGGAAAAGAGGAAAGAUACCCCUCAAAACUUGAGCUGAGAGCAAUGUCACAGAAGAUCGUUGACUAUUACCCUAUGCUACGUGACACUUCAGAUCUGCCAUAUCUGACGAUUUACUCUAAAAUGUAUAAACGACUGCAAAAUAUGAAGUCUCCAAGAAAGAGGCAGGGCCCAAAGCCACAAAGAGGGUCUGCAAAGAGAUCACUCUUUGAAACAAGUACAGAAGAAGAAGGUACUGCAAGUUCUUCAGCUUCAACUGCUUCAACUGUCAUUCUUCCAGAGAGCGAUGUCAGCAAUGAUGACUUAAGUCCAGAACAUCAGGACAGUCUGAAAAUGCAGGCAAGGCACUACAAAACACUCUUCAAUAUGUACAGCAAACCCAACUCAAAACCCAACCCAAGUGAUGUUGCUCAAAUUUUGGACCUUGAGUUUGAUGGAAGGCGGGCCUUCAUUGACUCAAGUGUGUUGAAGGAGGAAGACAGGAUUGCGAAGAUAUUUGAAGCAUAUCCAUGUUUCAAAGACCCUCAAAAUGCAAUGGAUGAGCUGCGUCGCAUCUUGGGUGGCACCAACCCCAAAUACAUUGAUGAAACAAAGAAAAGAUGGGAAAACUUCUGUGCCAAUGUCCAGUUCUAUGGUGUGUGGAAGAAAGUCCUGAAACCCCCUAUACCCUUGAAUAUGCAUGAUGCGGAUUUCACCAUUGCCAUUUUGACUGGUCUCCCAUCACUAUUUCCCUCACCAACUUCGCCACCAAAACGGCUCGGGAAUCCCAGUGAAGCACUAUUGCAUGUCCUUCAGGCAAGGGAGGAUCCAUCGCUUUACUUGGAGAAGCGUCCUCUCACCAGUCCAGUGUUACUGUUUGAUGGAAAGGUCUGCAUCCUUGCCAUGGGAAACGUACCUGUAAGCACCAUACCAAAGGAGGAGUUCUUUGAUGGGAUGUUGAUGUUAAUGGCAUACUACUACACGAUGCACCUGAUGUACCCAAAAUGUGUUGCAACCCUCCUCUCGGUCAUUCAAACUGAGGUACUGUGUGAUGCGAUCCAUGAUCGAGAUGCUACAGGUGCAUAUAAGAGGGCAAUGGUGGAGUGGAAAUCAUUUAUUGAGAAGUAGUUGCACAUGGCCUGUUUUUUUUUUUGUUUACUAGUGGGGAAACUCAUGUUCAAAUGCAGUUGUUCACUGUCUAUUUAAACCCCCCUCCUCUCCCAUGUCUCUCUCUGUCAAUCU